CGCCAGACUCGCCAGUAAGACGCGGCACUCCGCUAAUGCGAGUGAGUGUGUGUCGCCCUUUCGUUCGUACGUUCAUCAUAACUUCAUCCAACAUCAUUUCCCUGCAUCGUCCUCCAAAGUCCACUCUUUUCCUCCCCUAAUCAGCGUCCAUUAAGAACGUACGUUCGUUCGAUCGUCCACCUUGUUAAUUGUGAGUGCUCGUGUUUUUCGUUCGUCGACGGACGACUCGUCUGCUCCCGACUGUCGAGGGACGUCCGUCGUGUCUGCUUCGUGCAGUGAGUUCAGUCUGCCUGCGCGAAACAACAACCUCGCCAAGAUGGCCGCCGACACAGGAAUGGAGACGUGUCCCUCCCCAGAAAUCGCGGACUCCAGGAAGCGGCCUCUCGACUGCGACGUGGAAAAUGGUGCGACGAAGAGGUCCCACUACGGCUCAGGAGGAGAUGGCACAUAUCACCUCAAAGUAUUGGUUCCGGGGGUGGCUGCUGGAGCCAUCAUUGGAAAAGGAGGCGAAACGAUUGCUCAACUACAAAAAGAUACGGGGGCUAGAGUCAAGAUGUCCAAAUCCCACGACUUUUAUCCUGGAACCACGGAAAGAGUGUGUUUAAUCACUGGCAGCGUUGACGCGAUAAUGUCCUGCAUGGACUUUAUUAUGGAAAAGAUUCGUGAGAAGCCUGACCUCACGACAAAAACGACAGUUGAUUUCGACACUGGAAAAGCUACGGCGGAAAGAGACAAGCAGGUGAAGAUUUUAGUGCCCAACAGUACGGCGGGGAUGAUAAUAGGAAAGGCUGGAAAUUAUAUUAAACAGAUUAAGGAAGAAUCGGGUUCUUACGUACAGAUAAGUCAAAAGGCAAAAGAUUUGUCCCUGCAAGAACGAUGCAUCACAGUUAUUGGCGAGAAGGAAAAUAAUCGCAAUGCUUUGCUGAUGAUCCUGGCAAAAGUAGCUGACGAUCCACAAAGUGGAACUUGUCUUAAUGUUAGUUAUGCAGACGUCAGUGGUCCUGUAGCCAAUUACAAUCCAACCGGAAGUCCUUACGCUCAAGCCCCCACGAGCACUCCAACCUAUACCUCCACAGCUGGUAUAAACACAGUGAGCCUUCUGAAUGGCGCCGGUCUUAGCCUGAAUUUGAACCUGGGCGCAGCCAUAACAACAGGAAAUGCGCCAGUGACGACGCAGUUGCUGGAGCAUAUAAAGCUGAAUUUGCGAACGACCGGGUUCACCGAACCGGCUGUGACCGAGAUUUUAACCGCAAUAGCCACUCUCGCCAAGUACAAUAUCCUCGGGAUGGGCAUCGGAAUGCCAUCCGGCAUCAACUACCUCGGAACCCCAAUGGACAGUACUACAACUGCCAAUGGAUCCAACAACAAUGGUGGCGUCUUUGGACCGAUUGGGACGGUACCAGCUCUUGGCUCGACCUCGCCCACUCCUCGCAACACUCUCGACCGAUUUGAGCCAUUUGAUCCGUUCCGGCAGAACAACACAGCCAGUGCCAUCCACCUGAACAACAAUUCAUUCGGCCUCGGCACAAACCAGUUAUCACUCGAAAAAUAACUCGGCGCUGGGCAAGGACCGAUGCGAUGGAAUGGACUUCUCCUGCAAAGAAUUUUGAAUCUAGUUUAAUAUCUAGAGGAAAAUUAGCUAAUCUCAAUCUCGAUUUUGCCCAAAAUAUUCCCGAUUUUGUGUAUUUAUUGAAGAAGAUGAAAUAAUAUUAAAAAUAAUUCAAUAUACAAUUGAAGUUGGGACAAUUUAUAAGCAAAAGAGUUUGUAGACGGAAGAUUUUAUAAUUCUUUUUUGAAUUCCGAGAAUUGUCGGAAUGACUCAAUCAUUGUUGAAAAGCGCCGAAUAAAAGAGGAAAUUUUUUUUUAAUUUUGCACCCCUUCACUUUUAUGAAGUGUCAAUGCUACCUACAAGUCGUUCGCAUGAAUGGAAUUAAUUCUUAUCAUUCUAGCAAAUUUUAAACACAGUGCGAGUAUCAAAAUGAUUCACGCAUACAAAACAGAUGGAAAUGAAAUGAUAGAUACACAUAAAAUGAUAGUUGCAUAUAAAAAUGAUAGACGCCUAUUGCAUAGUCAAACAUACUGUCUGCUAUUACGGAUUUUCCUUCGGGAAAACUUAAUCCGUUUCCAACUCUGUUUUUCUUACGAAAAAUUCCGUAAUACUAGAGAAUGCCAUACAUAAAAAAUUCAUAUGUGUGACCAGCUCCGAAGAAAGGGGUUCUAAUACCUAAAAAUAUAUGGAUUCGGAAAACUUGAUUUUUAGGCACUAAAUUCUCAAUCUUUAGAGCCGGUCAUACGUAUGAAAUAGAUAUGCGAAGUAGAGUGACAGAUGCAGAAAUGCAAUACGUUCAAGUUUUUGAAGAGACAAGUAGAUUCUUUAAUCGCGUAUUAACCAUUCAUCGCAGGUCCGACGAGUUAGUCAAUAUAUUUACAUUACAAAUAAAAUAAAGAAUAAAUAAUUGAGAUAUAUCUACUGCGUGGUUAAAUAAUAAUAAUAAUAUAAUAUAUACAUAUAUAUAUAUAAAAAAUAUAACGAUAAAUCUCUCGUAUAUGGCGACGUAGGUUAGGGAUCAGGAAAUUAUAGGAAUUGCAUCGGUUCGCCUUGAAUCUUAAUGUGUGUGCAAAAGAAAUGAGAAAAUUACCGUCGUGAUAAGGAUACAUAAUUGAAUUUGACAUAUUUAGCCAUUUUUGGUGGCUCGCGUGUCGCAUUACUUGGCUGUGUGUUGUGCUAGGCUACAUCAUGAUUCAUGUUCCAUCAUCUUCAUCACCCGACUCACGCAUAGGCUCCAUCGAAUCUGUAUAGUGUUGUAACGGGGCGCGUUUAUUAUCAGGAUAGAAAAAUUUCAAAGAAAGGACAAAUUUGCAGUAGGUUAUCUUUUUCCGGGCGAAAAGGACUGGGAAUAAGGAACGAAUUGCAGAUAUUAUACUCUGUUGAAUUAUUUUAGCGCCAUACUCUGAAAACUGGCCUUUCCUAUUGUUAACGUUUGACCCGAGUCCUCGGUUGAUGCGUUAUUUUUUUUUAUCUCCACCGAUGUACGGGCGAUUUUUCAACCGAGAUGAAACACGGUUUAUGGGAAAGUGGAGAUGGAGCCGAUUCGGAAUUAUUAUCACCCAUCUUUUCUGGGUUUUAUCGUUAUCGUUCAUUGCGGUGCUGGGCAGUUUUUUUUUUAAUCGGUCUUUAAAUUAGAAAUAUUUGCUAUUUUGUUUUUUCCGAUAUUUUUGCUGUGCUGUUUAGUUUGAGGCCAAUCCGAUUUUACUUCGACUUUAUCAUUUAGAUAAUAAAGUUUAUUAGAUUUGAAAGAGAGUUCCGAAAUUUUGUAUUCUUCUUUUGUUAAUUUAUUAUAUUUAUGGGAAAAGUGAGAUCUUAGUGAGUCACGAAAAUUUGCAUAAUUUCAUAAAUAGACGGAAAAUUGAAAUGUUUCGAUACAAAAAUGUUUCAUAACAAUAAUUAUCUUUUUUUUUAAUAAUUUGUUACAUGGACAAGCGGUUGCUGAAACGUAUUAAAUCAUUUUGUGAAUGUCACUUUUCUCAUACUUAGUGAAAAAAUAUCAUAAAUAAACAAAAGAAAAUGCUAAAAUCGCAGAUCUUUUUGAACGAAAAACGGGCGUUUCGUCUCACGUGAAUUGUUAGCUUGAUAAUAAAAUUUUAAUUUGGCCUCAACCUAAAAAAUCCGGCUUAAAAGAAAUCUUAUGCUAAGUUGUAAAUAACAAAACUUAUCCUAUUUUUCAAAAAUUUCAUGUCCAGCACUGGUUCAUUGACAUUAAAAAUCCUUCUUUCCACGAAGUUCUCUGCUCAGUGAUCGUUUGACUAGAUGCAAAAAAUGCAAGGGAAACCCAAUGAAAUUGAAAUGUGG